AUGUUGCCUCCAAACCCGGAACUUAAAACUGCAGAACUGGCAGACCAAUCCCUUUAUAAUCGGGUAUGGCAAUCGCCCUCGCCUACUCUUGAGCUGGCUCAAUCACCUUUAUUCAAAAGACCGGAACGUCUCCUGACCAUAGAAGAGCGCACCCGACUCACAUAUGAGAGGGCCAGGAAGAUCUGCGAUGUAUACGGCUUGACAAUAGAAGACAUUGUAACUCUCGGUCCGAAGUUUUGGAAACUACAGACGGAUUUGAUCUCUGCAGUUGACGGCGGAGCUUUGACUUUGAUCAGUAUCCAGUAUAACCUGUUUGUGGGCACUGUGGCUCCGUUCGCAGCCAAGAGGCCAGAUCUUCACUGGAUUCUCCAGCGUGCUUUGAGUUUUGAGAUUUCAGCGCAGUUUAUGCUCACCGAGGUCGGCCAUGGACUAGACGCGAGAAAUUUAGAGACUACCGCCACACUCUUGCCAGACGGUGGUUUUGAACUUCACAGUCCUUCAUGGGGAGCUGCAAAAUGUAUGCCACCGACGACUCCAAGAGGGGGCCUCCCCGUUGUUGCCGUUGUCAUUGCUCGAUUAGUCGUUGACGGAGAGGAUCGCGGAGUCCGUCCUUUCCUCGUGCCCCUGGGAGACGGCCGUGAGAUGUGCAAAGGCGUGGUUGCAAAGGCCCUACCUCCGCGCACUGGAGCUAAUCCCAUCGACCACGCCCUCACCCUCUUCAACCACGUCGUCCUACCUCCCACAGCACUCCUGGGCAGUCUCGAUAAACCCCAAAACGAGCGAGAGCAUUUUUUCAACACCAUACACCGCGUCUCAGCCGGCACACUUUUCCUCUCUGGCACCGCAAUCCCCGUGCUCAAAGUCGCAGUCUACAACGCAGCACAAUUCAGCAUGCGACGGAAAGUAACGGGUCAUGACGGCAAGCCAAUGCCCGUCAUCAAGUUUCGUACCCAGCAUCUCCCCAUAUUGCACGCUAUCGCGCAGUUUCAUGUUCUUCAGGCGUUUCUCGUGCAUGCCGCAACCAUUUUCAGGAAUAGGAAAGUUGAUCCGCGCGUGAGGCAUGCUGUCGCGACUGCGUUCAAGGCUGUUGCGAUACAGAAUUUUCAGAAGAGUAUCAAGCCUUUGAAUGAGGGAUGUGGUUGGCAUGGAUAUUAUGAGCAUAAUCAGACUCUCCAGAGUGAGAUGGAAUUCAGAGCAGUAGGGACCGCAGAAGGUGACAUUAGGGUCCUCGCUAUUCGCCUCGCAAGCGAGCUCCUAAUCGGUCGCUAUCAAAUCCCACCUCCCACCUCACCCAACAGCCCGCUCGCUCAACACGAAGCCGCACUAAUGACAGAGGCACAACAACACCUCCUACUCAUCGGCGGCAUGCACCGCAGCGAAGAGUUUAACCGCAACAUCCUCCCUCUCUCCCUACCGCUAAUCCAAGCCAUCGGUCACCGCAUGGCACUAGAAGCCGCAAAGGAGGCAGGUAUCGACUCCAAGCUCAUCGACCUGUACGAGAGUGGCGUUAUCCUCGACGACUCCGCAUGGUACACAGAGCAAGGGGGGGUUAGUCGUCUAGCUCAGAAGGAGAUGGAAGCUCAAGCGGCAGAUGCGUUGCUGCCGGAGAUGGAGAAGCUUCUGUACGACACGGGUGCAGCGCCGUAUAGUAAUGCGCCGAUGGCGUCGGAGAAGGGGUGGAAUGUGUUUGUGUCUGAGUUGGAGACUUUUGAGGGUGAGGCGUCGUUUGAGACGGGCAUUUCUGUUGUUUGA